CCUCCAGCCAGAAAAAGCCAUAAAACGGGUAAAGCGAGGUCACAAAUCAAUCUCUCAAAUGAGCCAAUACUUUCUCAAGUCGCUGUUCGAGAAAUAUCAGCCUGGUGAGGCAUGGUUUCCGAGCGGUUUCGAGCCCGUGGCUCCCGGUCGGAGCACGAUUGUUGGGGAGUCUCCAGCCUCGGCCGGGUGGAGGUGUGGGAACGGCGUCUCCAGCGGGCCCUUCGGCUCUUACGAUAGCUCCCCGUCAUCCACGAACUGUCUACCCGGCACUGGGCUCAAUAACCAGGCGUACUCUGCUCCUUACAGCUUCCAACCUUGCUCGUUUAAUCAGAGUUACACACAGGCGGGAUUCCAAAGUCAGUUCAAUACUUACACGGGUGGCUACGCCACGGCGAACUACCACCACCAAGGGGGCUGGAGUCAUGGAGACAAGGGGGUGUCAGGAGCCACAGGAGGGGUGUUGGAGGGUUCUUGCUACCCGCUCCAAAUAACCAGAGUAACACAGUUAGAAUCAGAUAGACAACUUAGUAAAGACAGUAGCCAUCAUUCGUUAAAAGACAAAAGAACGGACUCAAAUAAUUCUACCACUUACAAAGGACCGGUGUAUGGAUGGAUGAAAAUUCCAGGGACUCAGAUGAUCGGGACGGACAAGAAGAGAGGCAGACAGACGUAUACUAGGUACCAGACCCUGGAACUAGAGAAAGAAUUCCACUUCAACCGGUAUCUGACACGCAAGAGACGCAUUGAGAUCGCACAGAGUGUCUGCCUUUCAGAGAGGCAGAUUAAGAUCUGGUUUCAGAACCGGCGGAUGAAAUGGAAGAAAGAGCAAACAAAGGAUCCAUCCUCGUCUGCGGACUCCCCAGGGAAGACGCAAAAUGGAGACAGGGAUGAAGAUGAUGAGGAUUUUGAUGAUGAUGUCGAUGAUGAAGACGAAGAUGGGUUGGAGAAAGAACGGUCGGAUGAGGAGAGCAAGAAAUGAAAAUGAUGAUAAAAAUACACUAAAAGUAUACAGAAAACUGAGGGUCGUCUGUUUUGUUGUAUCUAUACAGUCUUUCCCGACCCAAAACUGUUCCCUAUCAGUUUAGCGACGCCAUCUUGGGAGCAUCCUCGAUACAGGAGGCCAUAUUAUAUUAUAUUGAGCGUGUAAUAACCUACAUGUCACGCGUGUGAUUAUUUCGCAAGAUAUAUGGAGACUUUCCAAUGGUCCCUUGGCCAGACUACAAUUGGCUGUGGGUAGAGUUUCGUUCGCAAGGGAGUUAGAGCUCUAUAGCGAGAAAUUCAUUAGCUUUCAGCACGGGUUGUGUGGGAAGACCCCACAAUACAAUAAAUGGGAUGCAGCCUGGCUUUUAGUUUGCGAGGAGUCUGGCAGGCGCCAUUUUGAAAUGGAGGAAACGCUCAAAUAAAGGUUAUAGUAAUCAUAAAUGUAAUUACAUCUUGAAUUAUUUGCUAAAAUUGUUACUGUUCACUUAAACACAGUAAUGGGAAUGGUACCAGUCAGUAAAGUUGUUACAUGUUUUCCUAUUGUAUAGAAAGGAUAAACUUAAGAUGUGUUAAUAAUUUCUGGUUAGAUUGUGACCCCAUCUCGUGAACAAAACAAAAAAUUCAAGGUCAGGUUUCAAGUUGAAAUGUUGUCAGCAAAAUGAUUCCCGGGUCAUAUAAACCCAUCAUUGAUAUCAAAGUGUUAGGAACGGAUAUAAAUGCAUGUUUAAAGGCAGUGGACACUUUUGGUAAUUACUCAAAAUAAUUAUCAGCAUAAAACCUCACUUGGUAACGAGU